AUGAGCGACUCCAACACCUGCGACAAAUGCGGCGCAAAGCGCCGAGACGAAAGCAAAGAUUUGCAAAACUUCGUCACAAAGACAGUCAUCGGCUUCAUAACCAUGACCGCCUGCUUCGUGCUGCUGAAGCUCUUCUUCCCGGGCGUCCUUGCCCAGCCCGUGAGCGAUCAGUCCACCGACAUUGCCCUACUCGCAAUGGGCACCUACACCGACAACGUGACCGGCGAGACCUUCACGCUCUACACGCUCGACGCAUCGGUGAGCGAAGACGACGCUCUGCAGAGCUACUACGGUGGCUUCGCCAACGAGCCCAGCCUGUCCGCCAGAAACUGGUACGACUGCAACUACCCCGGCGGCGGCAUUAGACUUAUGUGCUGCGGGGCGGCGCAUGGAAUUGGCGGCUUCGUCUCUGCGGUUACUUCUAGCUCGGCUGCGGGAUACAUCGUUGCGCUGCUCAAAGAGGUCGAUACCAGCAAGCGACUCGAUCAGAAGCCUCGGUCUGCGUGUAUCACGCGGGACGGUGAUAAUCUUUGUGUGUCGUGGGCGACUUAUGCGACCAGCACGAUGACCAGCGCCGAGGAGACGACGAUUUCGGUCUUCGCGAGAGAGUGUGGAGUGAAAGGCUAUAGCUCCGAGUUCAAGGCUGUUCUUGCGAAUGGCGAUCUCUUGUAUGUUUGUGUUAGUAACAGGGCCAAGGGGUGUAGCACUAGCCUGUAA